AUGACAAUAACAAGCGAUGGUCACUCUCACCAUCCCACACAAUCAUUCGACCUCGAAGAUGCAUUCAACGACCGUGAUGAUGAUCAAGACUUCCAUUUUUCCUCAGACGCCGUACGCCAGGAGAUGGCGCAGAAUUUGACUUCGUGGUCCAACAACGUGGAGAAUGAAACCAGCCACGAUUCGUUUCGACAGCCGGACUCGUCUGUUUCUACACUCGAUUUUUAUGGAGAUGAACGUUCAUCCCCGCCGCCAGGGGUUCCGAAUGACGAGGACAACCCAGCGCAGUUUGUACAGAUAUCACUGUCUAACUCUGGCCCCGAUGUUGUGCAAGCACCUAAAUACCACACAGGAACCGAAGAAGAUACCAAACAAUCUGAAGUGGCUAGAACUGUUGUCGCUAGUGAACAAGAUUCACAAACAUACCCCGCAGUCCACAUAGAUAUGUCCAAACCCCCAGCUCACAGGGUCACGCUAUCGACAGAUUCUACCGGGAGAGAAGAGGAUGGCGCAUGUUCGAGGGACGUCGGGUCAACACUACCAUCGAUCCCAUACCGCGCUGACCACGAUAAAACUCUGGUUGCAUCAGCCCCAAAUCUUCCUUCAAUCCCUUUAAAUACCACUGCACAUCCUUCAAGCAUGUCCCCGACGUCUGUCAAGUCUACAUUACAACCUCCACCCUCGAAACCUAUCGAUCGGUACAUAGGCUCUAUAGGGCCUAGUAUGUUCGAAAAGGUUCGAAGCCGCACUCGUCCUUCGUUCUUACCUCCCAAGCCUCGUGAGGAGGAUGAUAAGCACAUGGCAGAUUGGCGAACAAUGAUGAAGCAGAGUCGAGCGAUGGCGGAGAAGAAGAGAAAGGCGCUAGAAGAACGAAGAAUGGCACGAGAGAAGAAGAUCGAAGAUUCACUUCAUUUUUGGGAAAAAGAGAUAGUUCCCGAUUGGAAGAUUGUUCUUACAGAUCCUGCUAUGCACAAAGUUUGGUGGAGAGGAAUUCCAACUAAACUUCGUGCAUCCAUGUGGGAACGAGCGGUCGGUAAUCCUCUUGCAUUGAGUAAAGAUAAUUACCGAUCUUGUCUUGCGCGAGCCAAGAAGGCACUCAACGCUGGCACAUUUCCGGCGGCGACUUUAACGAUCAUUGAAGAAGACAUAUUAUCGACCCUUCCCGCUUUACAUAUAUUUCAUCGUGAGACCGGGCCAUUAUACUCCGAUCUGAAAGAAAUGCUUUGUGCGUGGGUGGUAGCGCGCAGCGACGAGGGAUUAGGCUAUGUUUUUGGAGCAAGCAAGAUUGCCGCGAUGUUCUUGCUUAAUAUGCCUAUUCAACAGGGAUUUGUUGUCAUGCGCAAUCUUCUGGAACGACAUUGCAUGCGAUCGUUUUUUGGUGGAGACGGCGCCAAAGAUGAAGUAGAGGCUUAUUAUCGAAUAUUCGAUACUUUGCUUGCGGACGGCAUGCCCAAAAUCUACUUCAAUUUCAAACAGCAUCAAAUAUCGCCCUCGGCAUACCUUCCCGACUGGUUGACAGCACUAUUCCUCAACCAUCUCCCGCUCGAGGCCUGUGCUCGGAUUUGGGAUGUGCUGAUGCUCGAGGGUGACUCGUUUCUUUACCGAGCAUCGCUCGGCAUCCUUGCCGUCCUGGAGCCUAGACUCUUCUUUCCCGAUCGAAAAGAAUUGAUUGAACUACUCAAGGGCGAAAACAAAGCGGCGAUAGAGGUUGCUAAAAGAGAAGGGCAGUCGCUGAUUGGCGGAAAAUAUGAGAUAUAUGGUGUAAAUGAGGAAACAUUGUGGGAUCGGAUCGAGGGGAUGGAAGAUUGGUGGAGGGAAAGCACCUGGAAUCGUUUGAUUCAACGCGAGCUUCCGGACCGAUAGCUGACUGCACAACGAAUCGAAGCGAGCUUGUAGAACAUAGAUGACAUAUUACCGAAUCUAGACUGCUUCUAGAGUCCGCAGGUCCACCUCGCCAGCGCUCUCACUACGUCGUGCGAGUCGGUACGGUCUCUCAGAAGGUCCAGGCCAGUCAUCUUGGGUCAAGAAUAGCUCGACACAGACGUAUAAAAGCUGCUGGAUGCUGGAUGCACUGUCAUCAACAUCCUGAGCAUACACAUCAUUCAAUAACUUUUACACAAUGUACUACGCAUUUCUCGCUCGUCGAACGACAACAGGCGUGUGGGUCGCUAUGCAGGCCUGUCUAGCCACCUACACUUGGUCUCGAUGGCACGAGUCAGGCAUCUCGACAAAGAUGCUUCCCGGUGUAACAGACCACCUAUCCCAAAUCAAAAUGAAGGAGAGAUCAAUGGUC